UUAUAAAAUAUUCUCAAAAUCCUUCUUCUCCGCCCCAAAUUCUUCCAACAAAUAAUCAAAUCCCAUCUUGCUUCCAUUCCCAUUUAAUCCCUCCAAUCUUUCACAACCACCAUAACUAUAUAAACAAUCAAGUUUCAUUGUUGCACACCAACUGUUCGACAAAAGUCCUGAGAGAGAAAACAAGUAAUGCAGGCUCAUUUUCUUGCCGGAAAACCGGUGAUCUUGACCAUAUCUGCCACUGUAAUCACCGUACUCUUGCAGACAGCCUUUGUUCUUUGUGGGUUUCCUACAACUCUCACGUUGGAGAGAGCUUUCCCAACGAAUCAUCAUGUUGAAUUGAGUGAACUCAAAGAUAGAGAUAGCUUACGUCACCCUAGAAUCUUGCAGCAGGCUUCUGUUGCCAGUGUUGUUGAUUUCCCUGUUCAAGGCACUUAUGAUCCUUAUCGUGUUGGGCUUUAUUUUACAAGAGUUCAAUUAGGUUCACCUCCAAAGGAAUAUUUUGUACAAAUUGAUACUGGAAGUGAUGUGUUGUGGGUCAGUUGCAAUUCAUGCAAAGGUUGCCCUAGAUCUAGUGGACUACAGCUUCCAAUUCAGUUCUAUGACCCUUCAAGUUCAUCAACAGCUUCUUUGAUCUAUUGCUCAGACCAACGAUGUUCGUUAGGAACCCAAGCUUCCGAUUCCAACUGUUCUGGUCAAAAUAAUCAGUGCAGUUACACGUUCCAGUACGGAGACGGUAGUGGAACAUCAGGUUUUUACGUAUCCGAUCAAAUCCAUUUAGAUACAAUUUCCGGAGAUUCAACAUUAUCUAACGCUUCAGCAUCUAUCGUAUUCGGGUGUAGCAUGAGUCAAACUGGAGAUUUGACCAAAACCGAUAGAGCCGUUGACGGGAUCUUUGGGUUCGGUCAGCAGGGCUUAUCGGUAAUUGCGCAACUUUCUUCACAAGGGGUAGCACCGGAUGCGUUUUCUCAUUGUCUUGUUGGAAACGGUGCGGGUGGUGGUAUUUUGGUUCUUGGUCAAAUAAUGGAGCCGAGCAUGGUGUAUACGCCGCUUAUCCCGUCACAGCCACAUUACAACAUAAAUCUGCUGAGCAUUUCGGUCAAUGGACACACACUAUCCAUUGACCCAUCAAUGUUUGCCACAUCAACCAGCCGAGGAGGAACCAUAAUCGAUUCCGGAACGACCCUUGCUUACCUCACAGAAGAGGCGUUUGAUCCUUUUGUUGAUGCGAUUACGCAGUCUGUAUCACAAUCUGUUCGGCCUCUUAUAUCAAAGGGGAAUCAGUGUUAUUUAGUUACCUCAAGCACACCUGAGAUAUUUCCUACAGUAAGCUUGAACUUUGCUGGUGGGGCUUCAAUGGUUUUACGACCCCAGGACUAUCUUCUACAGCAGAACUCUGUGGGUGGAGCUGCAGUUUGGUGCAUAGGCUUUCAGAAAAUAAGAGGUCAAGGAAUUACGAUUCUAGGAGAUCUUGUUUUAAAGGACAGGAUUGUUGUUUAUGAUCUGGGUGGUCAACGGAUUGGCUGGGCGAAUUACGAUUGUACAAAAUCUGUAAAUGUGUCGAUUACCUCAAGUGGCGGCCGAAGCGAAUAUGUGAACGCGGGUCAAAUAAGCGGUAGCGCGUCUUUGCAAAAUACGCGUUGUAGUCUGAUACUAGUCAUCUUUGUGGCCUUAUGGUUACAGUUAUCUGUGGUGAUUGUUGUUUUUUCCUAGCAAAAAUUGAAUUUCUAAUAUUUAGAGUUGAUUUUAUUUUUGUAUGUAUAUUUAUGUAACACCAAAUAGGCUUAACUGCAAUUGAGAUUCAUACAUGUAUUCGGAUGUGUACGUUGCAAAUGUAUGUAUACAAAUUAACUUCGUGAA